AUGGCGUCUGUUUCGGAAAUGUACGAUGUAGGCUGGGAAGAGAUGCGAGAUAAGUUGCGCAAAUGGAGAGAGGACAACUGCAGAAAUAGUGAACAAAUAGUGGAUGUUGGCGAAGAGCUCAUCUGCGAUCAUUCAUCAAAACUGGGAGAUGACAUAUGGAUCAUUUAUGAGCAAGUGAUGAUUGCAGCAUUGGACUGCAGUCGGGAUGACUUGGCUCUGACCUGUCUACAGGAACUGAGGAAGCAGUUUCCUGAUAGCCACAGAGUGAAACGAUUAUCGGGCAUGAGGUUGGAAGCUUUGGAAAGGUACGAUGAGGCCAACAAGCACUAUGAUGCCAUUCUUCAAGAUGACCCCACAAAUACGGCUGCACGGAAACGCAAGAUCUCUAUAUUGAAGGCCCAGGGAAAGAGCCCUGAAGCUAUCAGAGAACUCAAUGAGUACUUAGAGCAGUUUGUUGGGGACCAGGAAGCGUGGCAUGAGUUGUCAGAACUCUACAUAAAUGAACAUGACUAUGGAAAAGCUGCAUUUUGCCUUGAGGAGCUGAUGAUGACUAAUCCCCACAAUCACUUAUAUUGUGAGCAAUAUGCUGAGGUCAAGUACACCCAGGGAGGCUUGGAAAACCUGGAGUUGUCUAGAAAGUAUUUUGCCCAGGCUCUUAGGCUGAACAACAGAAACAUGAGAGCGUUGUUUGGGCUGUAUAUGUCUGCAAGUCACAUAGCUGCCAGCCCAAAGGUUAGUGCCAAGGUCAAAAAGGACAACAUGAAGUAUGCUGCCUGGGCUGCCAAUCAAAUAAAUAGAGCUUAUAAGCUGGCUGGUCGUGGGUCCAAGGAAAACAAGUGCUCUGUAAAAGCAGUGGAGGAGAUGCUGGAAUCCAUGCAGAUAACUAUGUCCUAG